UGUAUUGCUCCGAAAGUAAACACAUGUCAGACAACAACACAAACACUUUGAUUGCCGUGAAAUGAGUUCCCAAUUAUUGUGUCAAUUGGUGUCCAAAUGGGCGACAAUUGGCCACAAAUGCAAUGUUUUGUCGCAAUCCGUGAGACAUAAGUCUAUUAUCAGAAGAUGUGGUUAUAAAGAGCCGCCAGAGUUCAAGAAGAAGGACAUCCGCUACCAGACGAGCACUGCUCACCGCACAAAACUGAUGACCUGGGAGGAUUAUCAGAUGCGCAAAUGGAAAGCCGAUCACUGGAACAAACCAUUGGUGUCUUGGAGGGCGCGUAUGGACUUCGCCGAGAAUAUGGUCCGAUUGGGUAUGUCUUCGAAGUCGAUCGAGAAGAUAACGGAUCUGCACCCGCAUUGUGUCCAAUAUCUGGAGCGCAAGAAUAGCGGUAACGUUGAGCUUUUGAGGGAAGCCGAGUACAGCAACUUCGUUAACCACCAUCCCGGCAGCUAUUGACCACCACAUACACACACUGUAUCCCCCAAUUCAUACCUUUUAUCC